AUGGUUGAUAAUAAACUUUUGACAAAAUUAUCACAAAAUUUACUUGAGAUUUUAGACAACGAAGAACAUUAUGAUAUUAUAAUUGAAGUUGGUAACGAUCCUUACAUAAAAAUAUUUCAUGCUCAUAUGAUUAUUUUGAAUUAUCGUUUUUCUUAUUUUAGAAGAAUUUUAUCAACCAAUAAAAAGAAA